AAUCAUUCCAUAAUAAACCUUUGAAUCCUAGCCACCCGCCAUCAUGUCGUCUGAUCAACAAAAACCCACGUCCCAAAGGCUCCAAGAUUCGUCCCCCAGUUCAGGCCAAGCCAUGAGAUUCUUAACUGCGGCAACAAUCGGAGGUAUUUUGCUCGGUUUAUCCGGGUUAACCUUAACAGGGACAGUGGUCGCCCUGAUUAUCGCCACCCCGGUUCUGGUCCUGUUCAGUCCGAUUCUUAUCCCAGCAGGGAUUGUUCUAUUCUUGGUCACUGCUGGAUUCUUGUUCGCCGGUGGCUGUGGGGUGGUGGCACUGGCGGCAUUAUUGUGGAUAUACAAUUACGUUGCCGGAAGACACCCACCCGGGUCGGAUCAGCUGGAUUAUGCUAGAAUGACAAUUGCAAAUAAGGCUAGAGACGCGAAGGAACCGGUCAAAGAGGGUGAAACUCAGGUUCAGCAAGAAACUGGCGUUCAAGGAUCUUGAAUUUGGGGGCUUGAUUUAGUUUAAUUAAUUUCUUGAAUUUCAGUUGUUGUAUGCAUUUGCAGGUGUUUUAAUUUGUGUUUGUUAUAAUAAAUUUGGUCUGUAAUGAAA